GGCCAUACAUACAUACAUACAUACAUACUUUCUAUCACAUUUGAUCUGAUAUUUUAGAUUCGGAUCCAUCCAUGGCCACUGAAUGAAAGACUGUUACUUUUUACUUUCAUCCUUUUUGUUUGGUGAGAAUAAAUGAGUUUUGUAAUGAGAUGAUUAUGUGUGCUUUCAUCCUUUAAAUUUCGGUUUAACACCAGACAAGUUGGAUAUACUAAUGAAUCAUUCAUUAUCAAAAACCUUUUAAGUUCCAAAUUCCUCGUACCAGAGAAAGUGUCGUUGGCGGCAUGGAGAAGGAGCAGCUUGAUUUUGUUCUGGUGCCGUUGGGUCUGUUGGUGUUCCUGAUGUAUCAUAUCUGGCUUGUCUAUUCCAUCGUACACAACCCUCUUCGAACUGUUAUUGGCCUUAAUGCUGAGUCUCGUCAUCAGUGGGUUCUUGCCAUGAUGAGUGAACCGAUGAAGAAUGGGGUUCUGGCAGUGCAAACUAUUCGCAACAAUAUCAUGGCAUCUACUCUUCUAUCUACAACAGCCAUCACACUCAGUUCACUUAUUGGCAUUUUUGCUAGCAGUACCUGGAAUAAUGACGAGCCUUUAAUACCUUACGGUAAUAGUUCAGUCAAACAUAUUUCUGUCACCAUUUGCUUCCUCAUUGCAUUCUUAUGCAAUGUGCAGUCCAUAAGAUACUAUUGCCAUGUCAGUUUCUUGAUCACUGCACCAACACUCAGAGACAAAAGGGAGUAUAUGGAAUAUAUUGCUGUGACUUUGAAUCGUGGGAGUCAUGCUUGGUCUAUUGGACUUCGAGCAUUUUACCUGUCAUUUGCAUUCUUCCUCUGGAUUUAUGGGCCAAUACCCAUGUUUGCAUGCUGCUGCUUGACGUCACUUGUUUUGUUCUUCUUGGAUACAACAGCUAAAAUCACGCGGAAUCUUCAUAGUAACUCAUUCAGGAAAGAUAGGGGAACCCAUGAUGUAGAGUCUGUUGUGGAACCUGAUUAUCAUCCUUUGCCUGCUAACAAUUUGUAUCAAAACUCAGACGUCAAUCAUGUAUGAUCAUGUAUGAGAAAUUAUAAAUGUAACAAAUUUGUACUUUCCAAUUGAGAAGUAUGAACAUGUUCCAGGGGUGUUAUUGAAGGAUUCAAUGAGAGUACUAGGUAGUCAUUUUUGUUUACUGGUAUGUUAGUUACAUUUCACUU